CGGAUUGAUUUGUGACCCAACCGGGAAGGAUCCGAGCUGUUCGCUGCUGCAGUGGCGUGCGACGGCUGUGUUUUCGCCGGCUGCUCGGGGGAACCUCUCGACCGCUUUUUUUUUUUUUUUUUUUUUGGUGUUUUGCGCCCUCAUAAUUCAGUCGUUUUCCCCCAACGCGGUGGGAGCCGGACGAGCCCCGGCGAGGGAGCCUCACACGCCGACGGAGCCCGCCAGAGCGACGCCAGCCGGACAUGUUUACCUCCGUUUCCAUGGUAACCCAGAGGAGCAUGCCCGCCCCAGCAAGGAGUUAACCUGUGAAACGACACUAGCCGCAAUCCCCCUCCGCUGACUCACCGCCUUUCGGGAUCUUUUCUGACAUCGGAGCGACGCGUCGGACUCGCGAGGAUCGCCGACAUGGCCAACAACACGGCGGACCACCCUCCGGGGAACUCUGUCGCCGACGGCAACCACGACGGCGACUUCGGGGUGACGGUGAGCGACCUGCGAGGACUCAUGGAGCUGCGCAGCGGGGAGGCCGUCAACAAGAUACGAGACGAAUACGACGACGUGCAGAGCAUCUGCAGACGCCUCAAAACGUCGCCCAUCGAAGGUCUGUCCGGCAACCCCGUGGACCUGGAGAAGCGACACACGGCUUUUGGGCAGAACUUCAUCCCGCCCAAGAAGCCCAAAACUUUCCUGCAGCUGGUGUGGGAAGCCCUUCAAGAUGUCACGCUCAUCAUCCUGGAGAUCGCUGCCAUCAUCUCGCUGGGCUUGUCCUUCUACCACCUGGAAGGCGGAGACAGUGAAGCUUGCGGGCAGGCGUCGGGCGGCGUGGAGGACGAAGGCGAGGCGCAGGCAGGGUGGAUCGAGGGCGCGGCCAUCUUGUUCUCGGUCAUCAUCGUGGUGCUGGUGACGGCCUUCAACGAUUGGUCAAAAGAGAAGCAGUUCCGAGGCCUCCAGAGUCGCAUUGAGCAGGAGCAGAAGUUCACCGUCAUUCGCAAAGGACAAGUCAUUCAGAUCCCCGUGGCCGAGAUGGUGGUGGGGGACAUUGCCCAGAUCAAAUACGGAGAUCUGCUGCCCACCGACGGGAUUCUGAUUCAAGGCAAUGACCUGAAGAUCGACGAGAGCUCCCUCACCGGAGAGUCCGAUCAGGUCCGCAAGUCUCUGGAGAAAGAUCCAAUGUUGCUGUCGGGGACGCACGUGAUGGAGGGCUCGGGCCGGAUGGUGGUGUCGGCCGUGGGCCUGAACUCUCAGACGGGAAUCAUCUUCACGCUGCUCGGUGCCGGCGAGAACGGCGAGGAGAAGAAGGCCAAGAAAAGUAAAAAACAAGGACCCCCCGAAAAUCGCAACAAAGCCAAGACCCAGGACGGCGUGGCGUUGGAGAUCCAGCCGCUGAAGAGCGAGGAGGCGGGCGAGUCUGAGGAGAAGGAGGAGGCCAAGCCGGUGAAGAAGGUGAUCGUGCCCAAGAAGGAGAAGUCGGUGCUGCAGGGGAAGCUGACCAGGCUGGCCGUGCAGAUCGGGAAAGCCGGCCUGAUCAUGUCGGCGGUGACGGUGAUCAUCCUGAUCUUGUACUUCGUCAUCGACACGUUCGGCAUCCAGGGCCACACGUGGACGUCCGAGUGCACGCCCAUCUACAUCCAGUACUUCGUCAAGUUCUUCAUCAUCGGCGUCACCGUCCUGGUGGUGGCCGUCCCCGAGGGCCUGCCCCUGGCCGUCACCAUUUCACUCGCUUUCUCCGUCAAGAAAAUGAUGAAGGACAACAACCUGGUCCGACACCUGGACGCGUGCGAGACGAUGGGCAACGCCACGGCCAUCUGCUCGGACAAGACGGGCACCCUGACCAUGAACCGCAUGACCGUGGUCCAGGCCUACAUUGGAGACACGCAUCACAAGACCAUACCCGAACCCAGCGCCAUCAAGCCCGACACCCUGGAGGUCCUGGUCAACAGCAUCUCCAUCAACUCGGCCUACACCACCAAGAUCCUGCCUCCAGAGAAGGAGGGCGGUCUCCCCCGCCACGUGGGCAACAAGACGGAGUGCGCCCUCCUGGGUCUGGUUCUGGAACUGAAGCGGGAUUACCAGCCCAUCAGGGACGAGGUCCCCGAGGAGAAGAUGUACAAGGUGUACACCUUCAACUCGUCGCGCAAGUCCAUGAGCACCGUCAUCAAGACCGCCGACGGAGGCUUCCGCAUGUACAGCAAAGGCGCCUCCGAGAUCAUCCUCAGGAAGUGCUCGCGCAUCCUGGACGGCGAGGGCUACCUGCGCGUCUUCAAGCCCAAAGAUCGCGACGAGAUGGUCCGCAAGGUGAUCGAGCCGAUGGCCUGCGACGGCCUGCGCACCAUCUGCGUGGCCUUCAGGGACUUCCCCGCCGACGGCGGCGAGCCCAACUGGGACGCCGAGAACCAGAUCGUCAACGACCUCACGUGCAUCGCCGUGGUCGGCAUCGAGGACCCCGUCAGGCCCGAGGUCCCCGAAGCCAUCUCCAAGUGCCAGCGCGCCGGCAUCACGGUUCGCAUGGUGACGGGCGACAACAUCAACACGGCGCGCGCCAUCGCCACCAAGUGCGGAAUCCUGCUGCCCAACGAGGACUUCCUGUGUCUGGAGGGCAAAGAGUUCAACCAGCAGAUCCGGAACGACAAGGGCGAGGUAGAACAAGAGCGCCUGGACAAAGUUUGGCCCAAACUGCGAGUUCUGGCGCGUUCGUCGCCAACGGACAAACACACGUUGGUGAAAGGCAUCAUUGACAGCACGGUCGGAGAGACCCGGCAGGUGGUGGCAGUGACCGGAGACGGAACCAAUGACGGGCCCGCGCUCAAGAAAGCAGACGUCGGAUUCGCCAUGGGCAUCGCCGGCACGGACGUGGCCAAGGAGGCGUCGGACAUCAUCUUGACCGACGACAACUUCACCAGCAUCGUGAAGGCCGUCAUGUGGGGCAGGAACGUCUACGACAGCAUCUCCAAGUUUCUGCAGUUCCAGCUCACCGUCAACGUGGUCGCCGUCAUCGUGGCCUUCACCGGCGCCUGCAUCACGCAGGAUUCGCCGCUGAAGGCGGUGCAGAUGCUGUGGGUCAACCUGAUCAUGGACACGUUGGCGUCGCUGGCGUUGGCCACCGAGCCGCCCACCGAGUCGCUGCUCCUGCGCAAACCGUACGGGCGCAACAAGCCGCUCAUCUCGCGCACCAUGAUGAAGAACAUCCUGGGCCACGCCGUCUACCAGCUCGUCAUCAUCUUCACGCUGCUCUUCGCCGGCGAGAAGUUGUUCGACAUGGACAGCGGCCGCAACGCCCCGCUGCACUCGCCGCCGUCCGAGCACUACACCAUCGUGUUCAACGUCUUCGUCAUGAUGCAGCUCUUCAACGAGAUCAACGCCCGCAAGAUCCACGGCGAGCGCAACGUCUUCGAGGGCGUCUACCGCAACCCCAUCUUCUGCGGCGUCGUCCUCGGAACCUUCGCCCUGCAGAUCGUCAUCGUCCAGUUUGGCGGCAAGCCCUUCUCCUGCACGGCGCUGACCAUCGACCAAUGGCUGUGGUGCGUCUUCAUCGGCGUGGGCGAGCUGCUGUGGGGGCAGCUGAUCUCAUCGGUGCCCACGCACCACCUGAAGUUCCUGAAGGAGGCGGGUCACGGCACCACCAAGGAGGAGAUCCACGAGGAGGAGCUGACGGAUGACGCAGACGAGAUCGACCACGCCGAGAUGGAGCUCAGGCGGGGGCAGAUCCUUUGGUUCCGGGGCCUCAACCGCAUCCAGACGCAGAUGGACGUGGUGUACACCUUCCAGACGGGCCAGGCGGCGGUGCCCGGUGCCCUGCGCCGGCAGCCGUCGGUCGUCAGCCAGCACAAUGACACCGCCGUGGUGAAUGCGUUCCGGAGCUCGUUGUACGAAGGUCUGGAGAGUCCGGAGUCGCGGAGCUCCAUCCACAGCUUCAUGGCCCAUCCUGAGUUUGUCCCACUGUCCGAGGAGGAAGCUCGCAUCCCGCCCAUCGAGGAGUCGGGAGACGAGAUCCAGACCUUGCCGGGAAUCUCCUCGUCCUCGUCCUCCUCCGCCGCGCCAGGAGAUGCCGCCACAUCGUCCGCUUAAGCUUCCUCCUCCUUCCUCAUCAUUAUCGCCAUCGCCGCACUCUCCCGCCAUCUGCCCCUUUUUUCACGUUCACCCAGCAUCAGAAUUCCCGCCACUCUCGUUUCUGUUGUUUUUGGUUUUUUUUGUUUUGCAGCGGAAAUUUGUCACGAACAGCUUCAGUGGUUUGUUAGCAGCAUGUGGCUAACGACAAAAAGUCAAACCCUCAUUCUUGACUUUUUUUUUUUUUUACCAGCGAAAAUUCCUCAUCAGCAGGUUUUUGUUAACGGGUUGUGAGCUGACGGCUAACACAAGCAUGUGUUAGCAUGUGGCUAAUGACAACGAGUCAAACCCUCAUGCCACGUACGGGACGCAUUAUGAGGAUUCCCACAUAGGACUCGCCCCACUGGAACAUGAUUGGCUCCUGCGUCGCAGGAAGUGAAGGCUACAUAGGUGUAGCGAGAUGAGCAUCCAAAACAUGUAUCACAUUUGUACGAAAUAAAAACAAUUGUUAUUGUUAGGUUUAGGGUUAGGGUUGGGGUUUAAGGCGGUUUAGGAUUAAAGUUAGGAUUAGGGUGGUUUAGGGUUAGUGGGAAACACUGAAGUCACAAACUUCUUUUCCCGUCUGGAAGCAGUAGGGCGUGUUCUACAGGGAUACAACAGCCAAUCAUAGUACGGCGGCGCGUGUCCUGUGGGAAUCCUAAUUACGCGUGCAGGACCUAUCCCGUUAGCAUCUUGUGGCUAACAAGACAAACCUUCAUGCCGCAACACAUGCAGCAAAAUUCCCACAGUUCUCUUUUUUUGUUGUUUUUUGCGGCCAAAAUUCCAUGUGAACAGCUUUAUAUCAUUAGCGAGUUAUUAGCUUGUGGCUGAAAACAACAAAAUACAAGAAGUUGUUAGAAUGGGGCUAGCAACAAGUCAAAUACUCAUUCCAGACUUUUUUUGCAGUUAAAUUUCCUCACCAGCAGGUUUUUAACAGCAGGUUGUCAUGUUGUGGCUAAAAAAAAUAAUACGUUAGAAUGUAGCUAAGAACAAGUCAUGAAGAUUCCUCAUCAUUCCGCGACAAGUAGAGAGGAAUUCCUUAUAGCGGGUUUUUAGCUAUGAGUAAGUCAAACACUCAUGCCGCGACACAUGUGCUGAACUAUUCCCAUUAGCGUCUUGUUAGCAGCAUGUGGCUAACAACAACAACCACUACAAAGUCUGACUUUAUUUUCCAGUGGAAAUUCCACGAGAGCCGCUUUGUGCAUUAGAGGUUUGUUAGCAUGUGGCUAACAACAAAAUAACAAGUUGUUAGCAUGUGGCUAACGGCAACAACCCAAACACUCAUCCUGCCAUUUUUUUUUUUGCAGCAAAAAUUUCUUUAGCAGCUUUUUAGCAUUAGCGGGUUGUUGGCAUGUGGCUAAAAACAAUAAGAAUGAAAAAUCAAAACAAUCAUCCCGCGACUCGCACGCGGCAGGAUUUCCACCAUCCUUGUUUCCAUUCAAUUUUUUUUAGCAAUGAAAAUUCCUUGUGUGCAGCUUUAGCGGGUUGUUAGCAGCAUGUUGGCUAAAAUCAACAACAACAAAAAACUGACACACACAAAAAAACAGCACUGUACUUGACCAUUACAAAAAAAAAACAAGUGCGGUGAUUGUGUACAUACGCUUCCGCUAACGGCUAACAGUUGUUCUUUUAAUUUUGUUGUUGUUGUUUUUUUUAAGGCAAAAAAUUAGAUUUUUGUGUUUCUUUAUUUUUGUUCAUCCUCUAACGAAUGUUCUUUGUUGUGAGUGUCACACUACUACAGUCUUGAAAGAAAAACUUUUUCCUUGUUAGCGUCUCUUUUUCUUUUGCUGUUUGCAUGUGGAAAGACAAUGUUUACGCUGCAAAUGGCGGAUCUUAUAGGAAAAAUGGCAGAGGGGGAAGGGGGGUGGCGGCCAUGGUGGGGGGUUGCAUGUUAUGUUUCACUGGUGUCGCAUGCAUGCUAACUACGGAAUAAAUAUUUGGGAAUUCUGUUCCAAUGCUCACCGACGCAUCUACUUCCUGUCUGGCGGGCUCGACUUACUGUCAUUGCAAAGCAGGAAGUAACUGUUGACGACACUAAACAUUUGAGUUUGCUACUUUAUAGUCAUUAAAAAUGUUAGCUUACUACUUUUACAUCUUGUGCUAGUUCAAAGUCAAACAUGUUAGCAUGCUAGUUUAAAGUCAUCAAAUGUGUCAGCACACUAGUUUUGGGUCACCUAACAUCACGCUAGUUUACAGUCAGACAUUUUAGCAUGCUAGUUUAGAAUCGUCAAACCAUGUUAGCGCCUUAGUUUAAGUCAAACACCUUAGUGACCUUGCUCUAGUUUAAAGUCAAACAUAUUGGCAUGCUAGUUCAAAGGCAUCAGACAUGUUAGCGUGCUAGUUCAAAGUCAAACAUGUUAGCAUGCUAGUUUAAAGUCAUCAAAUGUGUUAGCACACUAGUUUUGGGUCACCUAACAUCACGCUAGUUUACAGUCAGACAUUUUAGCAUGCUAGUUUAGAAUCGUCAAACCAUGUUAGCGCCUUAGUUUAAGUCAAACACCUUAGUGACCUUGCUCUAGUUUAAAGUCAAACAUAUUGGCAUGCUAGUUCAAAGGCAUCAGACAUGUUAGCGUGCUAGUUUAAAGUCAAACAUAUUAGCGACUAGCAGUAGUUUAAAUUCAGACAUCUAAGCAUGCUAGUUUAAAAUAAUCAAACACGUCAACAUGCAAGUUUAAAAUCAAACACGAUCGCAACAUCUCACUUCAUUAAAAGUAAGCAGAAAAGUUAGCUUGCCAGUUUUAAGUUAUAUUUUGGUGAAAUUAUGCUAGUUUUAGUCCGACGUUAACUCACUGGUCACAUUUUUUCAUCGGUCAUUUUAGCGCGCUGUCGGCUAUUGAAGUAAAAUAUCCAUGUUAUCUGGGAGGGUUGGCAGUGAAUUGAACUGAAGUGAAGCUUUAACAUGUUAGUAAUAUCACGCUAGUUUAAAUCCGUCAAACAUUUUAGCGUUCUAGUUUAAGGUCAUCUAACCUGUUUCAAGAGUGACGUGCUAGUUCAAAGUCAAACAUCUUAGCCACAUCAUACUAGUUUGAAGCCAUUAAACAUGUUAGCACACUAGUUUUAAGUCAAACACUUCAGCAACAUGGUGCUAGUUUAAAGUUGUACGUUAGUGACAUUGCGCUAGUUCGAAUUUAAACCUGUUAGCAACCACAUGCUAGUUUGAAGUUGCCAAACAGUUUUGAGUCAAACACAGUAGAGACAUUGCACUAGUUUAGAGUUAAACACGUUAGCCACAUCACGCUAGUUAAAAACCAUCAAACAUGUUAGCACGCUAGUUGAAUGUCGAACAUGUUAGUGACAGCAUGCACGUUUUUAUUAGCAUGCUAGUUUCAUGUGAAACAUGAGUGACAUUGCGCUAGUUUAAAGUUGAAGACGUUAACAUACUAUUUUAAAUUCACAUUAGCAACAACACGCUAGGUUAACUGCAAGACGGUUUAAGGGCAUCAAAUGUUGGCAAACUAGUGAAAGUCGAACAUUAACAACAUUGCGCUUGUUUAAAGUCAAACGUUAGCGAGAGCAUGCCAGUGUAAAGUCAAACGUGCAAGUGCGCUAGUUUAUAUGAAAAAUGGGAGGGACAUUGUGCUACUUUGAAGUAAAAUAAAAUGUUAGUGGCCUUGCACUAGUUCAAAGUCAAACAUGUUUUUAUACUAGCUUAAAAUAACAUUAGCGACAUUGCGCUAGUUCAAAGUCAAACAUCUUAGCCACAUCAUGCUAGUUGAAAGCAACAAACAAGCUAACACGCUAACUUAAAGCUGAACAUGUGAGCGAGAUCACGCUAGAUGAAAACCACCAAGCACGUUAGCGCGCUAGUCUGUUGAAGAAAACUUCAAAGUUUCCCGCGAGCCGACAGGAAGUGGACGCGUCUGCGAAUGCGUGUCGGCCAUCUUUGUGUGUUGAAAGACAAAUGUCUCGUGUUGUCUAUUUUGGUUUUGUUUUGUUUUUUUCCUCCCUGGUACGUCAAACGGCGUCGGACACAAACUCAAGUCGGCUGUGGCGAGAAAAGGACUCCUGCCAUAUCUGUGUCCGAGACGGAUAGCUUUGUUUUUUUCUAUGUAAUACAGAGCCAUAUUCACUAGAGCCAGGUGGAUUUUCCUUUUGGACUUUCAGCCCGAAAUAAGCAAAAGACAAAAAAGAAGAAAAGAAAAAAACAAAAAAACCUCGGUCGUCACUGCCGCCAGUCUCCAAGGACCUUUACGAUGUUUACAGGAAGUGAUUCCCGCUCAUUCCCCGGUGAGUUUUUACCACACUUCCUGCCGCUUUACGGCAACGCGGGGUGUCCCUCGCUUGUGUCGUUGUCGUCGCAUGCGUUUCAUAGCCAUGUGUUGCUCAUUUUUUUACGAUUCUUGUGUAUUUUUAUAUUCACGACUUUUUAAUAUUUUGGACAAUUUCUAAUUCAUCAAUGGAUGCGCCAUCCAUGACGUUUGUUUGCCUCGCCCCCUCACGCUCCCUCUGAUGUUGAUGCCACGUGUUACCACACACGCACGCCCAUAAGUGACUUGUUUACUUCCCGCUCGGUCGGAAUGCCGACGUUUCGAUCGGUCGCCGCCCCGCCUCAGGAGCCGACCUGGAGAGCCUUUUCCCCCCCCCCUGUUGAUGCUGAACACCGUCGCCAUGACAACAGCAUCUUGAAGAUCGCCAUACAUCAUCGCCAUGCUGACAGCAACUCCCCAAUCUACAAAUUUUGCGACGACGACAAGAGCGUCUUAAACGGCAUCACCAUGGCAACGAGCAUCUCGGCAUCACCACGGUAACCACAUCUUGCUGAUUGUCAAACAUCGCCAUGGCGACAGCAUCUUCAGGCCCUCCAAGAGCAUCACCACGGCGACAUCUCCCAGAUUGCCAAGCGUCGCUAUGGCAAUGAAAGCAUCUUAACCACCGUCAUAACGACGUCUCAAGACUCUCCUAACAUUGCCAUGGUGACAGUAUCUUGGCAACCUCCAAACAACAUCACCGUAAUGACAGCAUCUUGACGAACGGCAGAGGCAUCGCCAUGGCAGCAGAAUCGCCUUAUCAACCUCCAAACAGGAUCACCAUGGUGACAGCAUCGUGAGGCUCGCUAAACAACAUUGCCAUGGCAACAAGCAUCUUCUCACCAAACUGCAUCUCCAUGGCAACGAGCAUCUAUAAACAUGAUCACCAUGGUGACGUCUAGCUGAUCUCCAAACAACAAAUCGCCACAGUGACCGCAUCUUUCCAGUCUCAAGACUCUCGUUAAAACAGUCGGAACCUGUGGCGGGACAUUUUUGGCGGCCGUUUUACAUGGACUGGGACUCCCGUGUGUUUUUGGACCUGAAAAUCGGCGCGCCCCCCAGGAGGUGCCGUGUAAAUAAUGACUAUGUCACAAUACUAAUCACCAUGACACGGCAUAGCUUUAAAAAAAAAAAAAAAGUGUCCUGCCAAAGUCCCGAUUCCUUUUUUUUUCUUCCCCUCCUCUCUCUCGCUCCCUGCCCCGCCCACCUAAAGCACGCCCGCCAUGCCACCCAUCGUGAUGGACUUGCUUGCCUCAAAAAAAAUAAAGAAAGAGAGAAAAAUUC